ACAACAACCACCACCACCACCACCCACAACAACGACCUAUCACCAUCAGCAUCAACAUCAACACACAGUUUCGGUGCCACCACCAGCAUCCAGGAACAGACAGGACUCUUUCGCCUCGUCUCGACACCGCCUGAGCCACCAUGAGAUCAUGAUGGGCAACACCGAGGUUCACAUGUCAGGCUCGGAUUCGCCCAGCCCCACGCCAUCAUUCGGCUAUCAACAGACCUUGUUUCACUCUCCUGGUCAAGGACCAGGCGGCGACAAGUUUGACCAUAGUCUCCAGCAUCAUGGGAUUUCCGAUCACAUAUUCGAGGCCGUCUCUUCGGUCCAGCCAAUAAGUGCCUCGUUUGGAGAUAUGACAAACCCCGAUCCAUUUGGGCCACCAGGCGCCUUUCGAUCCUGAUUAUGCACACGAGAAGGCAGGCCAAGUAGACAGCCAUGCUACAUGUAAUUACCCUGAUGACGCGGUGGGUGCGCAGGCGAACCAGAGGGGGGGAAAUAUGCAUAAUAACCUGGAUGAGGGCAGGCUCGUCCAUAUCUCUGUGAUUUUUGGCAAUGGUAUUGUAUAGGAGCAUCAGUCCAGGAGUAUGGUGUCUUUUGGGGGAGAAAAAAUGUUGAUCUCAUUCCGGGGCCUCGUAGCAUCACAGCAUAGCCUUCUUCGUUGUCCAGAUCCUGCUGAUGAAAGAAUAAAUCCAAAAAUUUCGUCAA